UCCAAACGUCAAGCGCGUGAUGGAUGACUGUUGAGUUGCUAUCGACGGCGGAGCAGGAAUUGCUGCGGCUCUGAGGCUUUAAAGACGCAGAGCGAAUAAAAGCGACGAGAGUGUGCGGUCGGCGACAUCUUCAAAUGCGUUGGAAGCGAUGAGCCUGUCCCGGGCAAGAAGAAAGCGCUGACAGCGAUCUGACGGUUUAUAUGGUUUGGACAGACUGAGAACAUUGUGCAGGGCAGUGAAUAUUAGCAAAUGGAGAACUAUUUCCAGGCUGAAGCAUUUAAUCUGGACAAAGUGUUGGAUGAAUUUGAGCAGAAUGAAGAUGAGACGGAGUCCCCAGGUGUAUUUGAGGCAAAGUGGAGUCAGAUUUUGGAUCCACCCUCUCACCUGCUGUCUUUAAAUCCAGCCUUGUCUAAUGUCAAUGUUGGAGCUUUAUCCAAUGAGGUGCAAUCAAAACUAAAAUGCUGUGCUUCACCCAACACAGAGAUUUCAGUCUUUGGGGGAGGGGAUCACUGCCUUAAUGGAAAUGAUUCCACAGAAAGCCUAGGACUCGACGUUCAUUGGAUUAACGAUGAAGGAGCUCCUGUGGAUCACAAAAGCAAUUGUAGCCAUUGGCCAAACUUUAAAUCAUCAGUGAAGUCUACUUGUGAACAUGAACUAACUCCUUCUGAAGAUAUGAAUUCUUCAGAUAUACUUGGGAUAAUUGUACAGAAUUCUGACUGUCAGUUGGAACAGUGUAGUGACCUUUUGGAGGAAGAUAACACAAAUAGUCAAAAUGCAUUGAAUGUUAACAGUUUUUUGGUAGAAAGCUCAAAUCUGCAAAGUGGACCAUUAUUAUCUGCUGUGAAUGGCAAUUCUGAGAAGGCAGUUAAAAUGAAAAGUAUUAAACAAUUCAGCACACCCUGUGGAGACGAGUUAUCUGUGAAAUCUUCACUUGGAAAUUUAGUGAACUGUACGGGUUUAGAAAAUGUAUCGCCUAAUUCAAAAGAGUCUUGGAGAGCUGAUGAUUUGUCAGUUAUUUGCGAACAGAGUGAAUUGUCCGGAUUGGAUGGUGCUGUUGUUACAAACAAAUUAAGUGAUUCAUUCUCUAGAAAAACUGAAACAAAUGAUACAAUUACUGAACUAGAAGAUGAGUCAAUACAGGUUAAAAAUAAUUUUGUUGUAAGGAGUGGAGAUGAUUUGGAUGACUUGGCAAAAACAAUGAUAUUGGGUGAUCUGGAUAAUUUUACUGGGAUAAAAAUAGACUCUGAGACAGCACAAUCCCAACAGUGUGGGUCCUGUUCUGACAAUAGGCAGCCAAAUUUGAUUGCAGUACAAUGUACUUCCACAAAUAAUGGCAAUUGUGGAAAUGAUGAACACCAUUUUGAAAAUGACAACAGUACAAUGAAUAUAAGUGAUGAAAUGGCUGUUUGCCAAAAAUCUAGUGACAUUUUGUUCAUGCAGGAUGACUUAUCUAAUCGCUCAAAUAAAAUGUCGUCAUCUCAGACGGACGCAGCAAUUGAUCAGUUAACUCCACAAACAAAGCAAGUUAGUCAUGAAGGACUGGAAGGAAAGAAUAGUGAGAUUGUUUUAGAUCUAACAAAACCAGUGACGGAAUCUGCAAUGUCGAAUGACGAUUGGUUGCAAAGGUCUUCCCCUUUGUGUGCUGACAUGAAAAAGACGGUGUCAACAUCUUGCUAUUCAUGUGAUGUUUUAGACUCUCUGUCAAUUUCUAAUUCAACAAUGGCCUGUGCUUCUAAAUCUUUGCCUUUAAAAGAAGAUUCAGUAACUGAAGAAAAGGAAAGGGAGGAGAGCAAAUCAGAAAGUUGCUUCAUUCAACACCAAGAAAGCAGUGCAGUGGAACCUGGAAUGGCUAAUGAUAUGACCAGAUUAAGUAUUUCUACAGAUAUUGCAGAGCACUUGAGAGACAACUAUUUUAACACCCCCAGUCCAUCUGCUGCAAUAACUGGUGCACAGGAUGAGGCAGAAAAAUUAGCUUUAAAUAAUGCACAGUCUGCUAGUAUUCCAUUUGGAGGUGCGAGACCAAAGCAGCCUUUGAAUUUGAAACUACAAAUCCCAAAACCCUUGACCAACCAAUUAUUGAAUGACUUGGGCUCAAGUAACCCUGCACAAAAUACAAAAAAUAAAAAUAUAGGUUUCACUGAUAAAGCAGAACCGUCUGAAGAUUCCUGUAUGUGUGCUUUGAAUGAUGGUAAUUCAGUUCCAGAUUGCAGCAAUGAUGUUGAUGACUUUGGAGCGUGUUAUUCUGGUGAUUCCAAAGAUCUCAACUCAGACAAUGUUGCGGAAUCUGAAAGUCCAAAUAAUGACCUGCGAAUUGGACAGUUUCCAGGACUUCUCAAAAAGCCAUUUACAAGCUUGGGUGAUGUUGCUCCAGUAUGGGUACCAGAUUCCCAAGCACCUAACUGCAUGAAAUGUGAGAUGAAGUUUACAUUCACAAAGAGACGUCAUCACUGCAGAGCUUGUGGAAAGGUUUUCUGUGCAGCUUGUUGCAGCCUGAAGUAUAAGCUAAGUUACAUGGAUAUGAAGGAGGCCCGAGUUUGUGUAACUUGCCAUACUGUUCUAACACGUUCUCGAGCUUGGGAGAAUAUGUUUAAUGCCUCAGCUUCGAGCCCAAAUCCCAACAAUCCUGCUGAAUAUUGUUCAACUAUACCACCACUGCAACAAGCUCAGGCAUCAGGGGCACUUAGUUCUCCACCACCCACAGUAAUGGUUCCCGUGGGAGUUCUGAAAUAUCCUGGCACAGAAGUGACUCACCCAAAGGAGCAACGACGAGUCUGGUUUGCUGAUGGAAUCUUACCAAAUGGAGAAGUUGCAGAUGCAGCAAAAUUGUCAUCAGGUGGGCCAUCUAUGACAGGAUCUUUGACAGUAUCACAUGAUCCUGGUAAAGAAGUUGCAACAAAACCCACAGCCUCUGAGAAUGUGGCUUCAUCAUUAAGUAGUACAGCCCAGAUUGGCAGUCCAGUUGGAAGUGCAAUUAAUUUGGUCCCAGAAAAUGGGCUCCCACCUAUUCUCAUCUCUACAGGCGUCAAAGGAGAUUAUGCAGUUGAGGAACAACCCUCGCAGGUCUCUCUGAUGCUGCAGUUGGAAGAAGGAGGCCCCGACCCUCUAGUUUUUGUUUUAAAUGCCAACUUACUUGUCAUGGUCAAACUUGUCAAUUAUGUAAACAGGAAGUGUUGGUCCUUCACUACUAAGGGAAUGCAUGCUGUGGGGCAGGCAGAGAUAGUCAUCCUCUUGCAAUGUUUACCUGAUGAGAAAUCUAUCCCAAAGGACAUCUUCAAUCACUGCAUACAGCUUUAUCAAGAUGCUCUGGCAGGUAAUGUUGUUGGAGAAUUGGGCCACUCCUUCUUUACCCAGAGUUUUCUUGGCAGUAGGGAACAUGGUGGAUUUCUGUAUGUCACAGCUACUUUUCAGUCGUUGCAGGAUUUGGUGCUACCCAGUCCACCAUACCUGUUUGGCAUUUUAAUUCAAAAAUGGGAAACUCCUUGGGCUAAAGUUUUCCCAAUUCGUCUCAUGCUACGUCUUGGAGCAGAAUAUAGAUUUUAUCCAUGUCCAUUGUUCAGUGUGCGUUUUCGUAAACCUCUGUUUGGAGAGACAGGGCAUACUAUUAUGAACCUACUUGCGGAUUUCAGGAAUUACCAAUACAAGUUACCUGUAGUACAAGGACUUGUGGUUGAUAUGGAAGUGAGGAAGACAUGUAUCAAUGUUCCUAGCAACAGAUACAAUGAGAUGAUGAAGGCAAUGAACAAAUCGAAUGAGCACGUGUUGGCAUUUGGAGCUUGCUUCAAUGAGAAGGCAGAUUCACAUUUGGUGUGUGUUCAAAAUGAUGAUGGGAACUACCAAACACAAGCCAUAAGUAUCCACAACCAGCCUAGAAAGGUAACUGGAGCCAGUUUCUUUGUGUUCAGUGGCGCUCUGAAAUCAUCUUCUGGCUACCUGGCCAAAUCUAGCAUUGUUGAAGAUGGUAUGAUGGUGCAAAUCUCAGCUGAAACAAUGGAUUCUCUACGACAGGCAAUUCGAGAAAUGAAAGACUUUACCAUAACCUGUGGCAAAACAGAUGCUGAAGAAACGCAGGAGCAUGUUCACAUCCAUUGGACAGAAGAUGACAAAAAUAUCAACAAAGGUCUCAUCAGUCCAAUUGAUGGCAAAUCCAUGGAUGAAAUUCCAAGUGUGAAGAUAUUUCAUGGUUCAGAAUUCAAAACAAAUGGCAAAGUCAUUAGAUGGACAGAGGUGUUCUUCCUGCAGAGUGAGGAACAACCAAGCGAUCUUAGUGACCCAGCAGAUCACAGCAAACUUGCAGAGAAUAUGGCCAAGGCAUUUUGCUUGGCACUCUGUCCCCACCUUAAACUGCUAAAAGAAGAUGGAAAAUCAAAACUGGGCCUCCGUGUCACACUAGAUUCAGACCAGGUUGGAUACCAAACUGGUAGCAAUGGACAACCUCUUCCUUCACAAUACAUGAAUGAUCUUGACAGCGCUUUGGUUCCAGUUAUCCAUGGUGGAGCAUGUCAGCUGAGUGAAGGGCCAGUUGUGAUGGAACUGAUCUUUUACAUUCUGGAGAGCUUCUCCUAGAAACCUGAAAAACUUUUCCAUCUCACUGGUGUGCAUUGCUCUGACUAAAAACAUUUGCACUUUAGACUAUUGGUAUGACAAAACUGAUUUGGUGCUCCAUUAUUGCUGAAUCUACUAUGCACCAUAGAUCAUUGUUGUUGAUGUAAUGAAGGUCAGGUUACCUGUUUUUCAACUUUCUAUUAAAUGUGGACUUAAUCCUUUGGUUGAAGGUGACGCCGUUCUGAAGCAUGAAUGAACUUUGAUUUCUACUGGUUUACAUUGUCUGGAUUAACCGCUUAUCAUUCUUCAGGAUUCUGAGACAAGUUUUCAAUUUGAAAUAAAAUGGGUACAAGUGGGUAUUAUGACACUAUUAUAUGAGAAGAAUACAGAAAUACUUUAUGACCUCAGUAUCACUACUUCCCUGACACAAUCAGCAGUUAAUAUAUUUAGGUUGUAUAUAAUGUAUGUCUGAAAUUUUGAAGCACUUAACCUAUGCCUUGUAAACCACAUAAUGGAACAUUGUGGUAAUCUCUAGCCAUGAAAUAAAGAUAGUGUAUAAACAGAUUACUCUAAAAGAAAAUUAAUGACUUUCUCAGCCAUACUGCAUUUCGUAUCAGCUGUAUUAAUUGUAUUUGCUGGUGCAUGGGCACCUCAGGUAAUAUUGUUCAUAUAUACAGGGACUAGUGUUUAAAGCCUUCAUGGGAAGAAUCUGCUUCAAUUGGGCUGUUAUGGGCAGUCUCCAAGUAGAGGAAAGUAUCCUUUGUGCCAGAAUUAAGCAGAAUCUUGGGCAAAUGAACUCCUGUAAGUAAAUGUAAAAUAUGGUUGUUUAAAAGCCAAAUACACUGUAUAUCUGUUUUCUUGCAUUUAGAGACAUUUGCAAUUCAAGAAUAGUUAAUAUAAGGUAAAUAAAUGUUCCCUUUAUUUAAAAACAACUCUAGUAUUGGCUUUUUAAGAAUCAGUAAAUAGACAUUAUUAGCUUAGUUCAGCCUAUUUCCUUCAAUUGUAUAUCACUGACUGGAAAUGUGGUUUUACCUUGCAUAUAAGACAUACAAAAUCAUUGUACAUUCAAGUGAAAUGCUGUUUCAUUUCAAUUUAGUUUUUGUAUUGGCAGAAGUCAAAUGUGCACUUUAGAAACUGGUUACAAAUAAAUGGUUUCCUAAUAAAACCUCAUUGAAUACCAAUUAAGUAUUUAUCACAUUAAAUACACAACAGCAAUAAAGUAUUCUUGCAUAAAUCUGUAUGUCUUUUUGUUAACAGUAUUCUGAAAACUUGCUGUUUAUUUGGUAUACAAGGUAUAGGCAAUGAUGGUGGGGUGGGGGGGGGGGAGAGCAUGUACUAGUAAAGUUUUUUUUGGUACCUUAAAAUUAGGAAGGUAUUAAUUGAACUCAUUAGUUUCAAUUUUCCCAGUGAGGAGGAAGAAAAAAAUAAACACUGUCCCUUUUGAUCAUACUUCAGAUUUCAAUAUUUGUGACGUGCUGGAAAUGCUCAUCUACGGAUACAAGUAUUCAUGGUCCAGGUUUAUGAAUUUUUUCCAGAAAUGGGGCUUCUUUUAUUGUUGACAGUUCUCAGAAGUAAAAUUAAUUUGCUAUUCCCCCUCCUUGCCUAUCCUUAAAAGGGGUAAUUUUUACAGUAGGGCUAUUGAAUUUAAGUUACUUUGGCUACUCUAGAAUGACUUGGUGGGGUUUAUCUUUAAGGAACUUCAUAUUGCUUCUGGCCUCCCUCCUGUUAGAAACAUAGAAAAUCUACAACACAAUACAGGCCCUUCGGCCCACAUAGUUGUGCUAAACAUGUCCCUACCUUAGAAAUUACUAGGCUUACCUAUAGUCCUCUAUUUUACUAAGCUCCAUGUACCUAUCUAAAAGCCUCUUAAAAGACCCUAUCGUAUCUGCCUCCACCACCAUUGCUGGCAGCCCAUUCCACACGCUCACCACUCUGAGUAAAAAAACUUACUCCUGACAUCUCCUCUCGACCUACUCCCCAGCACCUUAAACCUGUGCUGGCAACCAUUUCAGCCCUAUUACUGACAUUCCAUUUAUUUUCUUGACUACAAUUUAAAUUACACUACAAUUUAUCUUCCCACUUUUCCAGUUCUGGUGAAUGGUUUUGGAUAUUGACUGUACUGUUUGCCUUUUGAUGUAGCAAGCUAAAUAGUCUGGUCUCGCUGAUUGUCAGUUCAUUUGUGUAAUUUUUAAACAAUAUAUUCAAAGCAGUAUGGUUUAUGGUUCCAUCAAGUUCUAACUAGUUUAUCUAUUGACCUAUAGCCUACAUGUCAGUGUGUUUGUCUAUGCCAAAUGCACUUCUACUAAAUUAAUACCUCAAAAAGACAAACGCUGUUUAAGUCUGUUAGUUUGCACACUGAAAAUAAAUCAACCAAAAUACAGUGCAUACAGGUGUAACAGCUUUAGAUUCACAUCCAAAAAUAACUAUAUAUUCAACACACAAAAUGCUGGAGGAGCUUGGCAGGCCAGGCAGCAUCUAUGGAAAACAGUACAAUAAACAUCUUGGGCCAUGACACUUCAGCAGGUCAUGCUGAAGGGUCUUGGCAU